ACUAUAAAUAAAUAUUUCGGGAUCAGCUAAAAUUUGUUCUUGUUGCAUUGCUUUUCGUUAAAAACAUGUUAUGCUUUUGUCAAUUUCUUUCUUUCUAACUUUACUUAUAUAACUGCAUUGAUUUAAGCUUAUACUAAUGGCUAUAAACUAUUUAUUACAUGAAAAUGGACACUUUAUGUGUUGUCCCUUCUUUGAUUUACUGGUAUCUCAAUAAGCUCCUUUACGCUUUAAGACAGCGUUGAUUUGCUUCCUAUAUUUCAGGUAUAAAUAGAAGAUUAAAGUUCUUAUUUUUGAUGGUUUUUUCAUUUUAUUUUGUUUUCAAGUAAGUAAACUUUAAAGUUUUAAGAUGGUUUGGCAUUUACGUCAGCUGUUGGUACUGAGACGAGAGGUUAAAAGGUUGUUUUUUUAUGGCCAUUGUGGGAAAGUUCAUUUGGAGAUUUUUAAUUGCAUAAUUAAAAGUAUGUUAUGUUAAUACAUUAAGCUGACUAAUUAUUGUGACACAAAAGACAAAGUAAUAGUCUACUCAUUCUACAGCUGAAAGGGUUUACCAACGCAACACACUGUAAAAAUUUCAUUGAAAAAACUGUGUAGUCUUUUUAUAUUGUUUUAUUCAUAUUUUUUUGCAAAUUUUUAAUAUGUUUGUCUCUACGUAUGUUUAGCAUGUCAUUUUUGAGUUGUGUAUUUUGGAUGUCCGCCACUGUCAAGAUUUUUUGUACACUAUUUGUGAAAUGUUGGAAUUAUGGUGUUAUUUUUUUCUGAUAAUUGUGUAAUAAAGUCAAUAUUGAUCAAAAGUAUUUUGACGUUUUUGAAUAAAGUGUUGUUAGAAUAGAUUUGCCAAAAUCCAAAGAUUUACUGAUUAAAAGAAUUGUAGAGGGAGUUUAAAAUCAGAAGUUUAUAUUUACGGCGGUUUGGUUUAAGUUUAUUUUUACGUAACUACUUUUAAAGAUUUGAAGAGAAAAAUGCGGGAAACUGGAAAGUGAUAAUGACUAAUGCUAAAGAGAUUUAAAUCAACAUAUAAAUUAAGCCGCCAUGAGGUGCCAUUAUGAAGUUCUUGGCGUCGAACGAGAUGCUGACGAUGCAGAAAUCAAACGUUCCUAUCGAAAACUUGCUUUAACUCACCACCCUGAUAAAAAUCAUGACAACACUGAAGACAAUACUCGCAUUUUUCACGAAAUUCAGUCUGCCUACGACGUCCUGAGUGAUAAACAAGAACGUGCGUGGUAUGACAAACAUAGGGAGGCAAUUUUAAAAGGUGGCGAGGAUUAUGUCGACGACUCUGUCGAUGUUAUGCAGUACUUCAAUCCUGGUGUAUAUAGUGGUUUCAAUGACGGUCCGAAAGGCUUCUACACAGUAUUUCGCGAUGUGUUUCGCAAUAUAUCUCAAGAAGACGAGCCCUACUUGGAAGGAGAGAGCGACUAUGAGGUACCCGAUUUCGGAGAUUCGACAAGUUCUUAUGACGAGACAGUUAAACUGUUUUAUUCUUUCUGGCUGGGUUAUUGUACGAAGAAAUCUUUCGUAUGGAAAGAAAAAUACGACCUGCGCCAGGCUCCUAAUCGGCCGACACAGCGUCUGAUGGAGAAAGAAAAUAAAAAGUCACGUGAUACAGCAAAGAAAAAACGAAACGAAGAAGUGCGAGCGUUAGUUGCGUACGUUCGAAAACGAGAUAAGCGUGUCCAAACAUAUCGCAAAGAAUUAGAAGCGAAACAAGCCGAAAACCAGCGUAAAAUGGAAGAGAAGCGAAAGGAAGAUAUCCGCAAUCGAAAUAAGGAGUUAGAUGGCUACAAAGAGCAGGAGUGGAUGGUGUUUGAUCAUUCGAAGUUGGACGACAUCGACUCUCAUUUCGACGAGCAGUUCGGAGGCGAGAACAACACGGAUGAUAGCGAGAACGACAUGAUCGAUCAUUUCUAUUGUAUCGCUUGCGAUAAAAAUUUCAAAUCGGAAAAAGCGCUAGCCAACCACGAGAAAUCAAAGAAACACAAAGAAAACGUAGAACUGAUCAAAAGCGAACUAGAAAUUGAUUUGCUGGAAGAUUUACAUAUAGAUCAACGUAAAAAGAAUACGGAAUGUGAAAAUGAAACUAGCGAGUGUUUCUCACGUUUAAGUUCUUUGAAUUUACCGGAAAAUGUGGUUAAACUGAAUGUUAUUGAAGGGAAAAAAACAAGCGUGGACGAAACUAAUAGUGAGUCUAUGAUUUCUCAUACAACGGAUUCUUUGGUGUAUACGAAGAUGAAAGGAACAAGCUCUAGACAAGCUUCCACGAAGAUAAAAAACCAAAAAAAGAAAAAGAAUAAACAAGGCAUGCUAGAAGAAGAUAUCGAAGAACGGGAAUGGAGAGAACGACAUUUACAUUUAGUGUUAUCGUCUCAAGACUCGCUAUUUCUCCCGCGAAAAAAGUCGAAAAAGCGAGAAAUUAGAGAUUCGGCAGAACGCAUGCGGCAACAAGAUAUGCCUGAUGAAUAUGGAUUACGGAGUGCCUCGCUUGGCCGAAGCCCACUCACUGAUUCGAUGGUUAUUAAUAAAAAACGUGCAUCUAAAGCUGAUCGAAAAAAAGGUCGGAAAUUGUUACUAAACUCAGAUGAAGAAGAUUCUUCUAGUGAAGAAGAGAGCAGCGAAGAUGAAGAAGAAGACACUGUGUUUGCGGACGAAAAAUACAAGCAGACGAAGGAGGAGGGUGAUGAAAUGAACACUAAAAGCACCAAUCAAACGGAUGGUGUGUCAAACGAUCAAAAUGAUUUUGAAGAUGAAAACGUUGUGAUGGCUGAUGACGAGGGUGAGGUUACACUAGCGCAUUUGGAUAGAUCACUUAUAUCGGAUUCCAUAAGGUAUAACAAAGACAAAAUAGAACACCACGGUAAGCAAAUUAUCAUUCAUAAAAAGUUAGAAAGAAGGAAAACUUUAGAAGAAGAAAGCAGAAAUAGUCCUUCGGAAGAGUGUAUUAAUGACCAUGCGAAGGAGAGUCAUUCCGAUACAACGAAGCUCUUAAACGGAGAGCAGCAAUCGAAUAAAAAUGGAGGCGAAAAGAAACAGUCAGCGUCAACUAGCCAGAAACAAAAUGGCGAAUUGUUUAAGUGUGGAGUUUGCGAGAAAAUAUUUCCAACUCGAAAUAAACUUUUUGGGCAUAUUAAAAGCGAGGGCCACGCUUUGUUAAAGGAUGUCCCGAAAAAAAAUAAGUCUGCUAAAAAAGGUAAAAAUAAGAAUAAAUAACACACUGCAAGAAUGUUUAGGUAGCUGGAUACACAAAACAAUUACAUUCUGAAUACACCUGUCGGUUUUAUUACAAUUUUUGCGUUAAAAUUUGUAUUUAUGUUGUUCAACACAUAGCUAUUAUUUUCAACUUCAGUGUUUUUCAUUUAAUUCUAUACAACAUGCUAAACAAGAGACUUUCAUAUUCACUACACGUUUAUGCACUUUUAUUCUCUCACCCUAUUUUAGUGUCUUUUUGGUUGUUUUCCAAAAACAUACAGAUCGUCAUGAAAAACUUUUUAAAAACUACAAUCAAGAAAACAAAUUAUAUCUUGUUAAAGAAGAAAAUAUGACGUAAGAUUAUGACACGGAUUAAAUUUAACGAAUCAGCUUUUGCAUGGAUUUUAUUUGGGAAGGAAGAACCUUGAAAUUGAGUCAUAUUUCGCCAAAAUGAAUUUUUAUUUUAUUUUAAUUCGCCAACUUUUCUACUCCCCCCCCCCCCCCACUUUUUUGCUAAGAAAAAGUUUUUUUUUUAGGUUUUAAUUAUUGUAUUGCUUUGCUACAAAUUUAUUUGUACGAUUCUGUUAACACUUUUCAUCUGCAUAAAAUGUACUUUAUGAUUUUAAA